AUGAUCAAACUCUGGGAAAGGGAGCUGGAAAUGGUCACACAAGAUGUGAAACUUUCUAAUGUGGAGAAGUAUGCUGCCAACUUCAAGAAAAAUUGCUACGACUUUGUUGGAGAUUACUUGUUCCAAAGUUCGAGGAGAGAAGAAACGGUGAACACCAUGUCUGAAAUUGUAACUAACGUGGUCCCGAAAUUCGCUGAAACUUAUAAUGGCAAGUUCCCGAGAGAUCUCAUAGUUUAUAGGAGUGGUCUUUCCGAAGGAUCAUUCAGCACGAUGCUCACUCACGAGAUCCCUCUUCUUCGUGAUAAACUCUCUAAAUUAGGAGCGCAUAAUAUAAAGAUUGUAUUUAUUGUAGCCCAAAAGGAGCACAAUGUUCGGCUCAUGAUGGAGCGCAUUGACCGCUCACGCAGACCGACCGAGCAGAAUAUUCCACCUGGAGUUGUUGUGGAUAAGCAGCUUACCCACCCAUCGUUCAAGGAAUUUUAUCUCAACUCCCACAUUACUUUACAGGGAUCGGCGCGCACUCCAAGAUACACUGUACUAGUAGAUGAUCUAGACCUAUCAAUGGAUGAACUUGAAGGAAUGACAUACAUGCUCACUUAUGAUCAUCAGAUUGUGAACCUCCCGACAUCUCUUCCAACGCCUUUAUAUGUUGCAAAUCGCUAUGCGGAACGUGGCCGUAACACUUACGCUGCACACCUCAUUUGCUCGGGCUCGAGCUCUUCGGACUCUGGUUCUUCCAUAGAUUACGGACGUCUUGCCCACCGCCUUUCGUACAACAAUACAAAGCUGUGCAAUAUUCGUGUAAAUGCCUAG